AUGUCCUGCCUACGAGAAUCGGAUGACUCCAGUGACUACGGGUCGGAUUUUACACCUGACGAAGAGCAGCUGUUGAACGACUUGCUCAAUAAAGCUACAGGACCUGCGACCGGCCAGGCCGCCACCACCUCGCCCUGGACACCAUCCUUGUCUUCGACCCCAGUCUCCGUCGAGCGGCUCACCACGCCAAAAUUGCCGGAAAUUUCAGAGCUCGACUUUAUAAAGCCUGCAGUCCGAACGGUCUUUGUCGCAGAUAUCGAGGAUGGGGUUGACGAGCCGAGUGCCCGGCUGCCUAAGGUACUGGGCCGUGAAAAGCCUCGUGCACCGUGGCGGUCGCGUCCAGCUCAGAGCUCUAGAUGGAGUCCGACCGCUAUGGGGAGAUGGAGUCCGCACGCUGGCAACAGCAGCAGGCCCAUAUCGUCUGGUAAGCUUGUCUCGUUCUCCCCCGCGACGUCACUUCUCCGUUUAGUCGAGCACCCUGAAUCAACUGAAGGCAGGACAGUAGAACGCGAGCGCCAAAAUAUCCGAGCGCUAGAAUGGUCCCAGCAAGAUCCCGAAGUUUUCGCGCAAGACACUCGAACACCCCUCGAACGGUUCCGCCAGGCGCCGAACAAAGCUUUCUCCGUGACCGAUUUAGUUUCGCCUGCUUGGUGUGAGCUACAAUAUUGGUACACGUUAACCAAACAUGGGCGGAAAAAGAGGACGGCUGCCAUGAAGAAGGGAAGCUCCAUGCACAAGACACUCGAGGAUGAAAUAUAUACCACUGUGCCCGUGGAGAUCAAAACAAAGGAGGACGCAUGGGGUCUGAGGAUCUGGAACGUCAUCCAGGGACUGCGCAUGCUGCGCGAAUAUGGUGUCACGCGUGAAAUGGAGGUCUGGGGAAUGGUGGACGGGCAGAUUGUCAAUGGCAUCAUUGAUCAAUUAUCCUAUGAAUGCCCUGACUCCGAGCUCGAGUCCACCGCAGAGAGCUACUAUGCGAAUGCCGUGGAGUCCCGAGCUGCUCUACCGGAGUACCAGAUGUCUUUAUCAGAUUACCUGCUUUCCAAUUCCGGGGGUGGAAUGAGCCUUUCAGAAUGGGGCCAGGGCCACAGUGAACCUGAACAGACAGCCCCCGUUGAAACAAAAGUUCCCGAGGCUGUUUAUAAUCUACCGCGGAUCUACGUGACAGACGUGAAGACGAAAGCCAGCCGUUCAGUCCCUACUGUCAAAAGCUCCGGAUUCCGACCCACUCAUCUCCAAUUGCAUCUUUACUACCACAUGCUCAACCGCCUUGUCACGAGCGACGAUGUUACAAUCGACGUGCUGGCUGCUCGGUAUAACUUCGAUGCCCAAAAAUCAUUCACCGAUGACUUCGUCUCAGAAGUCGGUGGAUUGAACGACCAAUUCUUCGAUGCCCUUUCCUCCCAAGAGUCCGAAACAACCGAAGCCCAAAAUGACGAUAGUCAAGACUCGACGGGCCUUCUCCUCUCACACAACAACCUCACACAACUUUGGAGUCUAAUGAUACACCAGCUUCGUCUCACCUUCCUUCCGCCCGCGGACGCAGAAGGCAUCUCCUCAUCCAUCCCCUCUCAAACUCAACCAGAGAUCCUCCAAGGAUAUCAGACUCUUAUCUCCCCAGUGCUUACAGCCCGAUACCUCUCGUCGGCUGCUAACGAAGCCCUGGAACGACAGCACCUGGGAAGCAGGUCUUUCCUUUUCGAUCCACCGACCAUGACUUCCUACCUGUCUGAGCAGAUGUCAUGGUGGCGUGGUGAGAGAGACCCCCGCGGUGUGGAUGUCAUGGACGCUUGGAAAUGCCGUAUUUGUGAGUUCCGUGAUGAGUGCUCCUGGCGCCAGGAGCAAGAGAUGGCUUAUGCAAGACGGGGCCGGGGGCGUGCUGGCUCUCUGGCUGAGAUAUAG